AUGAUUAACAUUGCGUCGAUGAAUUCGCAAAUGGAUUUCGGUCUACAAGUGAUUGGAGCUGGACUUAUGCGUUCUGGAACAACCAGUCUGAAGUUUGCUUUGGAGUACUUAUAUAAGAAACAAUGCUAUCAUAUGCGAGAAUUAGUACACAAUCUUCGUGAACCUCAUAUCAAAUUAUGGUUGUGGGCAAUAAAACAGGAUAGAGAGAAGAGAGAAAUACCUGAAGAAUUUUGGUCACACAUUUAUACUGAUUUUGUGGCUGCAGUAGAUUAUCCAACUGCCGGAUUUUAUAAACACUUGUCAAAAGUUUAUCCAAAUGCCAAAAAUGAACCAAAAAAAGUGUUGCAGUUAGUUGUUGGUGAUCAAUGUUUACUUCAACUCUCAAUGUCAUCAUCAUCAUCAUCAUCAUCAUCAUCAUCAUCAUCAUCCAUCGGGCACAAUGUUUGA